GAGGGAAAGGACAUUCCCCGGAAGAGCAGCUGGGGAGCAGUCCUCAAGCCCUGUCUGUGCUAAGUAUAGGACAGCCAGCUAUGCCACUUGCUUUAGCCUAGAGCCACCCCCAAGCCCUGGAGGCACAUUGGCACUUGAACUGAGUUUCCAGAGGCAGCAUGGACAUCAAGGAGUAUUUUGCCAGAAUUUCUUACUGGGGCUCCCACAAUAAGCCAGACCUGGCUACCAUGUCAGAUAUAUUCCAGCACCACAUCCGAGCCAUCGCUUAUGAAAACCUCAGCAUCCACUGUGGAGAAAGAAUUGAGCUAGACCUGGAAGCGAUCUACAACAAGAUAGUGAGGAAGAAACGUGGGGGCUGGUGCAUGGAAAACAACUACCUUCUGUCCUGGGUCCUGAAAACUCUUGGCUAUGACAUCACCCUUCUGGGAGCAAAAGUUUAUGUCCCAGAGCGUGACGCCUAUCCAGAAGAAAUCAAUCAUCUGCUGCUACGAGUGGAGCUUGAUGGCAAAUCCUACAUUAUGGAUGGGGGGUUUGGGAUGGCCUACCAGAUGUGGCAGCCAAUGGAGCUGAUUUCAGGGACAGAUCAGCCUCAGACUCCUGGGGUCUUUCGUUUUCAGGAGGAGAAUGGGACAUGGUACUUUGAGAAGGUGACAAGGAAGCAGUGGGUUCUGAACCCCAGCACAUCGACUUCCCCAAAUGUGGAAAAUGAAGUUUGUCGUCGGGUUUAUCUCUUUACCCUUCAGCCACGAGACAUUGAGGAGUUCAGGGGCUGCAAUGCCCACCUGCAGACAGCACCUAACUCGAAGUUUGUGUUGAAGUCCAUGUGCAGUCUGCAGACUGCUGACGGCAUUCGGCAACUGGUGGGGUGGAAACUCACAGAGAUAAAGUACAAUUAUAGGGACAAUAUGGAUCUUGUGGAAAUCAGAAUCCUCGCAGAUGAAGAAUUAGUGAAAACACUAAAGGAGAAAUUCAAUAUAACACUAGACAAGAAAUUUGUACCUGUUGAUAACAGGUUGUUCUAACUCAGUGCCUGGAUUACAAUUGAAUUCAGUGGCAUUACAGGCAAUUCUUCCCUCUCUUUCUGACAAGCACCCAAAGGUUAAUCCUUCUCCUUCCAACUACACCCGUGUAAGGCAGAACAUACUAUCAUGACUGUGGAAAAUAAAUGGAUUUUCACAACUAUUCCUGUAAUUCUUUUUAGGUUGGCUACCAAUAAUUUCUGCCUAGCUCCAUCAAAUCAUUUCCCUUCUGUUUGUGCUUAGCGGGAAGCAGACUCAGCCUUUCCCUACUCCUUUCAUCUCUUAAAAGCUUUUCUAAACACACCCAGUGUGGCUGGGCAGAAUGAUGGAGCUGUAUGUCUUUGUCUUUAUUACCUGGUGCUGCCACCUGGGGAAAGUCAUGCCUGCCUCUUAAAUGAAUACUGUAUUAUUUUGGGAGUGCAAUAGCCAAAAAACCAAAGACAUCCUGUGCUGAGUUUCUCCUGUUAAGCCAUAAGCCUGUUGUUUUUGCUCUCACAUCCACAACAGCCUCUCACAUGGCACUCAGGCCAUCCCACACCUGUGCAAAGUCACCAUGUGAGUACUUGAGGGCAGGAUAUUUAUGACUCAGAACUGAUGAUAAAUGUUAUUGACAAAUCUGUGUUGUUUCAGACUUUGCACAGCUCCUGUUCUCGCAGUGACAUAACCAAGAGCAGCAUUUCUUUGAACUGAAAGCGUCUCCUGAGCAUUUUGUUUGCUCACACUCAGCAGCAGACUGCUGGGAAUUCAUGUUCCUCUCCUCAGACUACUCUGGGUGUUAUUGCACAUUAAUUAUUACAGCUGAACCCGA